UCAGUUUCAAAUCGAAAUCAUCAUAAUUUCAAAUCAACUUUGUUGUGAGAUGAGCAGUCAAAUCAUAAUGCAAAAGAAUGAUAAGUUUCUCAUGUUUUACAAAAAACAUUUCUGUUUCUUUAUAAUUCGUAUUGUCGUAUUGUAUUGAUUUACAAUUAGUUUCAAACUUUCAAAGUGCAGACCGAAAAAGAAGCCCGGUUACGUUGGUAAUGUAAUUCGUAGUGAUUAUUUUUCGAAAUAAUAUUUUUCAAGAUAAUUAAUGUAUUCGGCUUUCUAAUGUCAACUUUAAAGAAGUAAGAACUUCUGACAUCGCGAUGGAUGAACGCAAUCGGGGUGACGUUGAAUUAUUAAAUUGUGAUAUUAAUGGAAUUAUACGUAUCGAACGUUGCGAUGCCUUGUUAAGCAUUUAUAAAAAAAAGAAGCCAAAAACUUUCACUGAAUUUGCCACUGAGGACAAUAAAAAACAGACGCAAAGACCUUUCGCUGAAUUUGCAACUGAGGACGAUAAAAAAAAGAAGCAAAGACCUGUCGCCGAAUUCGCAACUGAGGACGAUAAAAAAAAGAAGCAAAGACCUGUCGCCGAAUUUGCAACUGAGGACGAUAAAAAAAAGAAGCAAAGACCUGUCGCCGAAUUUGCAACUGAGGACGAUAAAAAAAAGAAGCAAAGACCGUUCGCUGAAUUUGCAACUGAGGACGAUAAAAAAAAGAAGCAAAGACCUGUCGCCGAAUUUGCAACUGAGGACGAUAAAAAAAAGAAGCAAAGAACAUUCGCCGAAUUUGCAACUGAGUACGAUAAAAAAAAGAAGGAAAGAACUUUCGCCGAAUUCGCAACUGAGGACGAUAAAAAAAAGAAGGAAAGAACUUUCGCCGAAUUUGCAACUGAGUACGAUAAAAAAAAGAAGCAAAGAACUUUCGCUGAAUUUGCAACUGAGUACGAAAGAAAAAAGAAGCAAAGAACUUACGCCGAAUUUGCUUCUGAGGACGAUAAAAUAGAGAAGCAAAGAACUUGCGCUGAAUUUGUUACGGAGGACGGUAAAAAAAAGAAGCACCGAACUCACGCUGAAUUUGCUACUGAGAACGAUAAAAAAAAGAAGCACAGAACUCACGCUGAAUUCGCAACUGAGGACGAUAAAAAAAAGAAGCACAGAACUUACGCUGAAUUUGCUACGGAGGACGGUAAAAAAAAGAAGCACCGAACUCACGCUGAAUUUGCUACGGAGGACGGUAAAAAAAAGAAGCACCGAACUCACGCUGAAUUUGCUACUGAGAACGAUAAAAAAAAGAAGCACAGAACUCACGCUGAGUUUGCUACUGAGAACGAUAAAAAAAAGAAGCCAAGAACUCACUCUGAAUUUGCGACUGAGAAAGAUAAAAAAAAGAAGCCAAAAACUUUCGAUCAAUUUGCAACUGAGGACGAAAUUGCUGAGCGUUUGUUGACAAAACAAGAGGAAUCUUUUGUACGAGUAGAGAGGUGUGACGCGUUACUUCUUAAAUUACAAAGUAAGAUGCGGUCGCAAGAAACGAAUUCAGAUUUUGUCACCGAAGACGAAAUUGCCGAAAGUUUAAGAAAAAAGGAUGAUGACUUUUCAUCAGUCUCCGGUAGCGGCAGCAUUUCUCAAUCUUCAGAUAGUUCAGAAACGAACAAAUUUGAUAGCUCUUUAAACGCCUUAAUGGAGAAGAAAAAUCGGCUGAUAAAUUCGAUUAAAAGUAACCUGGCCUCGUCAUCUAAAUCAAAGGUAAAUACGACAUCAACUGAAGAUCAACUGAAUAAUACUACUACUUCAGUUGCGUCAGGUUCUGGGAAUUCGAGUAGACCUAAUAUCGAAACUAGUACGCCAUUUCCGGAAUCAAAACCUCAUGCGGCGAGAUUUUUAAAAAAGUGGAAACCAUCGUUUCUGACUGACGAACUUGGCGAACUAGAUGAGCUCGAUGGCAGCGAUGAUGAAAAUGGCUACGAGAAAGCUAUGGCCAGUUUAAAAGAAGUUUUGAGUGACACGUCGGUUGAUACGGUCUCCAAGUUGGAUUCGUAUAGCUGUAUGCUUGAUGCUUUCCAGCUAGAGGACGACCGAAAGUAUGACCAAAUGAUAUCGUCGAUUAAAGAUGUCACCAAGGAAGUGGAUGAAUUUAUUGAAAGAUCGGAAAAAAACAUUGGUCUGAAAUCACCUUCCACUAAUGCUUCUACGAUAGAACUGAGUAGCAGAAAUGAUACGCUUAUCGAUCCUAAUCGAUUUAUCACGUUAUCUGACGCCGAAAUAACCGUCAAAGAUGUUCCUAAAAGCCCUACCGUUGUAACUCUUGAUGCUACUCCUACCCUUGUUACCUUGGAUUCUACUCCAGCACUUGUGACUUUAGAUUCCACUCAAAAUGAUAGCAAUACGAAUGUUCAAUCGGAAUCGGAUAAACCUGAAGCUUCUCGAACACCUGUUGAUUGUGCCCAACCAGACUUACCUAAUAAUCAAAACGUAGUCGAAAAUAUUGCAAUAGAAAGUGGCGAUCACGACAUUCUAACGAUUGAAGGUGAUGAUAUUUCGAUUAACGAUUACGAUGAAGAUUUACUACUUGCUUCGGACGACGAAGAAAAACAGAAUCGAUCAGACAAUAAGAAAGUUCCAUCGCAGGUUCCUUUAGUAAAGGACCUAGAAGUAUUCAUUAGUAACGAUCCUGACGAGAACAGAGACAACGAUGAUCCCAAAUGGGAUUAUUUAAGGAAUAUAGGAACUGAUUACGACAGAUAUAAAGCUGUUCGAGCCAGGUGGAAAAAUAUCCAAAUACCAAAUCCCAAAAAAGACCUAACGUGCCGUUGUCAUAAUCCAUCUACGCAGUCCAAUGGAUAUUCGAAUUAUUUCAACUACAAUGGCUAUUCCUCGUAUAACAACAACCGGAUGAGUUAUAAUCAAAAUUUUAGAGGGUCGAGAAAAAGAAUGCAUUCACCCGAAAACCAUUACGACUAUUCUAAAAGAGCUAGACUAGAAUCCUGUACUUUCUUAUAUGAUCGCCUCGUGCAGCAAUUCAUCAGGCAUGUGGAAAAUGAAAAGCUACGUAUAAGGAACGAACAAAAACAAGCAUUAGAACAGCUUGCAGAUAUCCAGCACAUGGAGAAAUAUGCGACCAGACAGAAAGGCGGUAGUGUGAUGGAUAUGAAGAGACUGGAAAACAAACACAUGGCUGAUACGAGACAAUGUGUUCAAGAUUUUCGCAGAAGAUUAGAUGAAUUGACAAAUUCGGCCAGAUCAAAAGUUUCUGAUCUUCGAAAAGCUAGAGAUGAAGUGUUGCAAUUUCACGAAUUUUAUCCGAAUGAAGAUGAAAGGAACGGCGAUACCAAUUCGUUGGCUUUCUUGACCGGCAUAGAAAUUCGGGAAAUAAUGGAAGUUGAGGAAAUAGUAUUGAGUUAUUCUCAAUUUUACUGCGAUUAAAUCCACGUUUCACGUUUUCUGUCUAAUGUACAGUUUGUUGUGAAUCAUUCUCUUUUACUUCAAGUAAACUUGUUUUGUUCUUAUUCGAUUAAGGGUUUGAGACUGUUUUCCUGUCUUGGGAAGUAUUCCUAUUGAAUGUCGUUAUUUCGAUUAUUUACUUUAGUUUCUUAAAUUUAUCUCGUCAUUUUAAAUUUUGUUCUCUUAAAAGAAGCUUUCAAAUCAAAAGUCUGAAUUCCUAUCUCAAGGAUACCACUUAAUUAUAAAUAAUUUCCCAUUUCGUUGUUUUUCUAGAUAUUAAGUGAAGUUGAUUGCUCAAAUAAACAUAAUCUCAUUUCUA